AUGUCUGACAGACUUGAGACCAUCGACGAAGAGCCUGUUCUUCCAGAAACGCAUCCGCUAAAAAGUCCACCUGCGCACGACAGAUCCAUCGACGGGUUUACAGCACUCGUGGAAUUAGGAUUCAAUCCAGAUAUACUAACUCAUUUCAUGCCAGGCUACCUCUCUCACGCAGUUCAAACCCGCAACCACAUCCUCAACCACCACGAAAUCUUGGACAAAAUCAGCUCCGACCCGUUCAACCACACCCCCCCUCAUCUGACCGAAGCUUAUAAGGCCUCGCUUGAACGAUCGACUGAAGAAUGGCACGCCAUUCUCCAUACCUUCCACACCACCGCCAAAACCCUCCUACCACCCUUCUCGCCAUCCGAGCUCGCCGAGAGAGAAGAGCUAUCUAAAAAGCCAUUCUUCGAGAUCUUUCCAAAAGAGACAUUGCUCAUCUUCACUACCGCGCAUCUUAACAAACUCGACGAUUGUAAAGAGAGCACCGUGGCGCAAGAGGGGGAAUAUCGAUCUCUCAAGAGGAACUUCUGGUUCUUAGACCGCUUCCCCCAGAUGUAUAAUUUUGAUGAUUAUGAUGAUGCAGUUAAAGAAGCAGAAAAGAAGAUGGUCGCAGCGCAGAAGGAUUUUGACUGGUUUGAUAACCUCCUGAAGGGGCUUGCGGAGCCCGUUCUGGAGGAGAGUAGAAGGUUGGAGACGGAGUUGGAGAAGGAGCGAGAGAAAGAGGAGGUGAGAAAGAUUGAGGAAGAUGUGUUGGAAAAGAUUGAGCUGCGACUGAUUGAGGAAGGGGUACUAAGAAAGAUUGCGGCAGUAGAGUCCAGGAAAAAGGCCGGAUUGGGCGCUAUUGGUACGGCUGCAAAGUGGUUUUCUGGGAAGAAAUCUUAG